AAACAACCUAAUAGUCAUUUUCUUCUUGUUUAUAUCAGAAAACGAAUGUGUGGUUAGUUUUAUAAUUCUAUAAGCUUUUUGUUCAAAGGCGGUGGAACGAAAAAUCUCUACAUAAUAAUAUAGUAGUAUUCAAACGAAGGCCCGAAUUAGUUGUUUACUUUUGAUUGUAUUUGUGAAAGACCGAACAAAUUUUUAUUUAUCAAAAAUGUCCGUAAAUGAAAAAACAUGCAGGCUAUGCAUGAAUACAGAGGCAAUUAUCAAUUUAUUUUCAGUGGAUGGUGAUCUUACUCUUGAUAACAAAAUCAGUGCAUGUAUUGAUUUACAGAUUAGUAUUGGCGACGGAUUACCUGCAGUCAUAUGCAAAAUGUGUGAAAAUAAUGUCAAAACAUUUUAUGAUUUUAAGCAAAAGUGUAUAUAUAUUGAUUCUAAAUUAAGAAAAGAAUUACUAGCUAAGAACUGUCAAUAUUCACCAAGCAAACUAACUUUGGAUGACACUGAUCUGGACAAUAUUAAGAUGGAUAUUAAAUUAGAAUGUGAUAUUUUUAACAAAAUGGAUUGUGAGUUGAAGAACACGUUGGAUUCUUGGCUGUCAGAUGACGCCGACUCAGCAUUUUAUGUGGACUACUUUAAUAACCAAGUCCCUGGUAAGGAAGAAGAAAAUGAACCUACAUCAGGAACCUUGAACAACUUUCCACAACAUGAUGAUAAUAAAAUACAUCUUAAAAAACAAUCCAGAAAAUUGAGGAAAAAAGAAUCAACUCAACCAAAAAUAUACCAAUGUGAGAUUUGUGGGCGUAUAUUAAAAAACAAAUCGGUAUUAGUUAAACACAUUGCUACACACUCUGGUAUCAAACAAUUUUCAUGUAAACUUUGUUCAAAAACAUUCACAAGAGCAGAACAUAAGGUUGUUCAUAUGAGAAUCCAUCUGGGUAUCAAACCAUACAUUUGUGAAGUAUGUGGAAGGCCAUUUACAAAACGCCAAGAUUUAAUCAGACAUAUGAGAAUUCAUAGCGACGAUAAGAAUUAUGCCUGUCCCAGAUGUGACCGCAGAUUCAAGCGCUCUGGUGAUGUACAAAGCCAUUUACGAACACACACCGGAGCCAAACCAUAUAGCUGUAAUGUUUGUGACAAGAGCUACACUUCACACAGUGGCCUUAGGAAACAUUAUAAAUCACAUUGUAAAAGAGAAAACACAAUUAUUAAAUGAGACAGGACAUGAAAUGGUUGAAACAGUUGUCUAUUAAAAUGUUUUAGGGUCAUGAUGUGAUGAUGCAAUGGGUACUUAGUAUUUAUGGAUUAGGGACAUAGGUGGUAAAUAAAAAGAUCACAUACAGAAAUGGUAAUAGUUCAUUUUAAGUAUUCAAGAAUCUACUUGACAAAUCACUGCCUUUUUCUUUUUUGUUGGCUAUUCUUGAUCCGAAUUGUAGAGCUCUUUUGGGAAGGGUGACAACAUUUCUUAAACCUACAUGAAAGGCCACAAGGCGCAACAUUAGUUUGUCUCCAAUGCCAGGACCAAAAUCAUCACUAGGGAAACACCUAGAAUAGAAAAAGAUUUAAUUUAUUUUGUAUAUUAAUUUAAUAAAUUAUGUAAAUAUGAAUUAAAACCUUACUUCAGCCAGGGUUUCAAAUGCAAAACAUAGUCUAUGAACUCCUCAUCAAGGUAUGGCAUUCUGGGCUGUCUCCCAUGGUCACAUAUCACUCUGUUAUCUCGCGCCAGGUUUCUAAAAGAUAUCCUCUUCCAGUCCAAUAGAAGUUCCUCACUAAGCCCUGGCCAGGAAUGUCUCUUGAAUGCGUUAUAGUGCCUUUUAUAUCCCCCAAAUAAUUCAUCAGCACCUGAACCUAUUAACAAAACCUGUAAAAACAAUUGCUAUAAUAAAAAGUUAUAAACCCUACAA